UUUAUAUUUUUAGAAAAUAAAAAUAAAAAGUCGAACAAACAUAGAUGAAUCUGACGAAAUAGAAGAAUGGAAAAAAUCGAAGCAACUACUGAAACCAGCCAACCAAUUGGAGUUAUCCGAUUUGGAACUUAAAGAGGUGGUGGAGAAAAACUUGACAGGAGUGAACCCUCAACAACCCGAUAGUUUGGUGGAAUUUAAUUAUGCCCUUGGAGAAUUUGUACCGGCUCCUACUUCCACUAACACAGUGGUCGUAUUUCAACAAUUGGGCUCCUUAAUUAAAAGGGACACAUCUGAGGCCAGAGUACAGAUGAUAGAAAUGGGACUGGACCCUGAUGCAAUUGAUGACGAUGAUGACACAAAAACCGAAAUACUUCCAGAAGAAGAAGAAACCGUGGAAGACGAAGAAGAAGAAGUUGAGGAAGAAGAAAAUGCCGGCGAAGAGGAUGACGAAGCUCCUCCCCCUCCUCCUCCGGAAGAGCCCGAAGAAGACGAACCUGAAGUAAUUAUGCCGGCAAUUUCUCCAUCUAAAGCGGCAGUUAAAAUUGGUGGACGACCAAAAAAGUUGGUCAACUCUUUUAAUUUUUCGGAAAGGGCUGCGUUAACAUACAAUAACCCAAUGAGAUCCCAAGAAGUUCAAACAACUCCUCCCCCUCUUGCAACAUUUUCCGCAAACGUCCUUCAAUGGGUUAUUUACGACGCAUAUCAAGCCGACUACGAAGCUCAGCAAUUGGAAAAAGAGUUGGAAAAGGAGAGAAAAGAAAAAGAGAAAGCUUCAACAUCAAGAGCUAGACCAGUUAGAAAGGCAGGAAAAGUCCAACUGAGUGAAGCUGUUCAAGGAAGAGUUUUGGAAUGUUGGAGGGUUUUGGAACGAAUGAUAAACUUGAAUUCAUACACUGAAAUUGCGAAAGAUUAUAGAUACUGGGAUGAUCCUUCCGAUGAAUUUAGAGUUGAAGAAGGAACCUUACUACCUUUAUGGAAAUUUAUGUAUGACAAAACUAAGACCCAUACUGUUACAGACCUGGAUUGGAAUCCUUACUACUACGAUUUAUUUACAGUUUGUUUUGGAUUUUUCGAUUUUGUUAAACCAAUAAACAACGGUGCCGUAUGCCUGUUCACCAUCAAAAAUCCAUCUUUUCCUGACUAUAUCUGUAUAACUGACUCGGCAGUCAUGUGCGCUGAUAUACACCCCAAAUAUUGUUACAUGGUGGUAAUUGGUCAGUAUGAUGGUGCUGUAUUGGUAUUUAAUGUACAACAAUCCUGCAAGGACCCUAUUUUUAAAAGUAAUAAUGUUACCAAUAAACAUCGCGGUAUUGUUUGGGAGAUAAAAUGGGGUCCUGAUUUGCCUGACGGAGAGCUGAACUUUUUUUCAGUAUCAGCUGAUGGUAAAGUUAAUAACUGGGUUCUUAUGCAAAAUGAAUUGAUGAGGCUUACAAUAAUAAACUUAUACCUCGACCAAGAAGCAGUUGCAGGUCCAGAUGGCACCAAAUUUCGUCUAAAAAGUUGCGCAUCCUGCAUUAAAUUUCAUCCUGAUAAUCCACAAAUAUACCUUGUUGGCACAGAAGAAGGUUUAAUUUAUAAAUGCAGCACCCAAUAUAGCUCACUAUACUUGUUAACGUACAAAGCACACGAUUUGCCGAUUAGUAGAAUGGAUUUUAACAGAUACAACAGAGAUAUUUUUAUUUCUGCCAGCUAUGAUUGGAGAGUUAAAAUCUGGGACGACCAAAGACUGGAACCUCUUUUUUCAUUCGAUCUAGGAGACAGGGUAGGUGACGUUAAAUGGGCUCCUUAUUCUUCAACUGUUUUCGCCGCAGUUACAACCGAAGGAAAAGUUUAUGUUUUUGAUUUAAACAUAAACAAGUACAAACCUAUAUGUGUACAAGCUGUGGUUUCAAAAAGAAGAAAUAAACUUACUAGGUUGGCGUUUAAUCCAAAGUUACCGAUCAUUAUUGUGGGUGAUGACAAGGGUUGCGUUACCACCCUAAAACUUUCACCAAAUCUCCGAAUUCCCUGCAAAGCUCCCAAAAAACAACAGCAUUUAGAUCAAUGGACUCUGCAGUGCAUGAAAUUAGAUAAAUUGCUAUCUCUAGUUAGGGAACCAGUAACAUUAUCUCUGCCGUCAGAUACAGCUGGACUGGAGGAAGAUUAA